GACAAGGGGCAGAAGAAGCGGAUGAUUUACGGUUCUUCAGACAGGGAUUGAACUUGUUGGAGGCGAGCACAAACCAAAUCUAACAAGCCAGCAAUUCAGCAAUAGCCGAACACCGUGUGACGUGUAAAAAAAACGGACCUGGCAACUUAUGCAGAUGGCCUCUGGAACGAGUCCGGCUGUGGGAGGAGACCACGAAGGGGCGAGCAACUUAGGGCUCAAAUACGUUGGACAGCCCCAGAUUCUGUCUUUUUCCAGCCGAAACAAGCAGCGAAAGUAACUUCUAACACGAAUUAAACAUGGCCACAGAUCAUUCCUGUUAUGAGGGCACCUAUGCCAACUGUUUCCAGUUCUACCUGGAAAAAUCAGGAGAGCACGCUGUAAUUAGCCAGUGUGUUAAAAACACCCUGCCUGGAGAGUUUCAGAGAAUUGGAGCGGGUAAAAGCAGCCUGGAUGUUCUCGGGGUUGGAAGUGGUGGAGGUGAAAUGGAUGUUCAGAUGCUCUCCUUGCUGCAGUCGACUUUCCCCGCUGUGCCCAUUACUGCUGACAUUGUGGAGGGCAGCUCUAAUCUUAUAGACAAGUUCAAAGCUUUGGUUGCAAAGACUGCCGACCUUCAGAAGAUCCCAGUUUCUUGGCAUAUCAUGGCCAGUGAGGAAUAUGUAAAGCAAGUGAAAGCAAAGGGAGACAUGAAGAUGUUUGACUUCAUACACAUGAUUCAGAUGAUUUACUAUGUGGACAAUCUUUCUGAAACUAUCAAGUUUUACCACAGCCUUUUGAAGAAGAAUGGCACACUUAUGAUCAUCGUUGAAUCAGCCAAUAGUGGCUGGGACAUCCUGUGGAAGACUUUCAGAAAGGAUCUGUGUGUCGACGGCAUAAAAGAGUACCGUUCAUCAGGGGAGGUUAUUGCUUGCCUGAAGAGCCAGGGUCUCAAGUACGAGGAGCAUUCAGUUCCCAACAGCUAUGACAUCACCGAGUGCUUCGACCCAAGCAGUGUAAACGGAGAACGUCUGCUGAGUUUCAUGACGGGGAAAGACCACUUCUACGAAUCCUUCACCCCAGAGACCAGAGCAGGCAUGUUGGAGCUCCUCAGAAGUAAAUGCAGCGCUGAGAAAGAGGGAAAGGUGUUCUUCAACAGUAAUUUGAGCUGCAUUCUUGUUCACGCUUGAGUAAGUUUAGCUUAUACUGUACUCUUUAUACAACAUAUUUCCUGUAACCAACAGAUGAAUACUGUUUUAAUAAAUCAUUUUUGGUGACUUUCAAGAUGACGUUCACAGAUUAAAAACCAUGUCUGGAUAACCAACUGGUUGGUCUUUUGGAAAACUUUAUUCAAAUAUGACCUUGUAUGAUUCCCCCCCCCCACAGUCAAGAUUAUUAUAAAGUGAAUGAGCGUAAUAGCACCUGAAUCCAUAGGAGGCAUUUGAUGUGAUGAGCCCACAUUCAUUUACCAGCCAAAACUGCUGAGAGUCUUUCAUUGUUGUAAGUUUAUAGCCUGCAAAGUAAUUAUGUUGUUUCCAUAUUGUUGCUCCCACUGCAUCAUUUUUGGCCACCGCAGGCAAGAGAGUUGAGGGCUCCAGCAGCCCAUUGUGCACUGUCCAAUAAGACUUAUGUAGCGGUGUAUUGAGCUGCCAGAGAACAGCAGGCUUCCAAUGAGAGUAAGAGGAAGAUCAGGACAAAAAUGGGGCGCCAGAAAAUUAAACUUGCAUCUAACAUCUGUCAAUUCCAUAUGGUAAUAGCAAUGGUAUAGCCUUUCUUGUCGCUUUAAAACACAGUGUUUUAUCCCUAAAGAGUUUGUCGGAAAAAUACUUCAGUCAAACAUGUAUUCCAUCUGCAGCUUCUCUAUUAUGUACUUUAGGUUGUCAUAAUUUGUAGUUCAUAUCCUGCAUUCUAAAGUGUCUUCAAAACGGUUGCAGUGAGAAAUCAUCCAGUGGUGGAGCCACCCAAAAUUUGGCAGCAAUGACCAUCUGGCUCUGCCUGAUUCUCCAAUUGAUUUUGAAUUCUUAUUAAACGGUGUUGUUUUCUUUGUUCACAUUAGACCAGAACAAAUGAAAAUAACAAAACAGCUGUAUGAGCUGAGGGGAAAAUAUAUAGAGAGAUAUUUUGACAGUUAAAAUCAGUUGUCUUCUUUAUUUACCUAAUCCCUAUUUAAUUUACAGCUCCCUGUUUACUUCACAUUUCCUCGUCUGACCAAGAGCUCUUUUUAGGGGUCCAGAUUCAUAGCUAAUUUAGCUUAGGGUUUUUUAAAAGACAAAUGUGUCGGCUAAGCAGAAUAAGCCCAACUGAACAUUGCUUUGAGAAACAUAUUUCAAGACUACUGAAUAAAUUAUUAAUAAAGGAUAAUAGAAAGUGUGUUGUAACACUGUGCAUUCUGUAGAGCUACACAGCACAAAUAUCCUCUGUAGAAUCCUUGUAUCCCACAGCUGUUAGGCUGCUUCUGAAAUCACGUCUUUGUUCAUUUCUGCUUCACAUAACAGGAAGAUUAGCA